GAAACAAUAGUAGGUAGUGAAAUUUAAAGUUUUUUUUUGUGUUACCGCUUACCGGCAUCUUGACAUUUUGAUUGUCACUGGCCAGUUUGACGUAAAGAAGGGACGAAUGUAAACAAAAACAAAGUAGGGCAAAACAGCUGCAUAUCGGAAUUUAAAAACUUACGAAAAAUUUAGAAUGGCUCCCAUGACGUUUGUCCGUAUAUUUAGCUUGUCGAACAUAAAACCCUUGUACUCUAUAAGUAAGGUUCUGUUGUGUUCAAAUUACAGCACUUCAAGCAAAAAGGGGAAAAUUUACAGCGAUGUCAACGAAGCCGUAAAAGACAUUAAAGACGGGUCUAAACUUCUAGUCGGUGGUUUCGGGUUGUGCGGCAUACCGGAAAAUCUUAUUCAGGCCUUAAAUAAACAAAAAGUAACUGGUUUAACUGUUGUUUCCAACAAUGCAGGAGUGGAGAACUUUGGCCUGGGUGUAUUGCUCAAGAGCAAACAAGUCAAAAGGAUGAUUGCAUCUUAUGUUGGAGAGAAUGCUGAAUUUGAAAGGCAGUUCCUGACUGGAGAGUUGGAAGUUGAGCUGACUCCACAAGGCACCUUAGCAGAGAGGAUCAGAGCAGGAGGGGCAGGUAUUCCCGCUUUCUUUACCCCCACUGGCUAUGGUACUCUUAUUCAAGAGGGUGGUUCUCCUAUUAAAUACACCAAGGAUGGCAAGAUCGACAUCCCAAGCGCUUCCCGCGUCGUCCAACAAUUCAACGGCCACAAUUACAUAAUGGAGGAAGCCAUUGUAGGAGACUUCGCCCUCGUCAAAGCUUGGAAAGCAGACAAACAUGGCAACUUGAUCUUUAGGAAGAGCGCACGCAACUUCAACCCGGCUAUGUGCAGAGCGGCGAGGAUCACCAUAGCUGAAGUUGAGGAAAUUGUUGAUGAACUUGACCCAGAUUUUGUACAUGUGCCGUCGAUAUUUGUGCACAGGGUUAUCAAGGGUGAAAAGUAUGAGAAGCGUAUUGAGAGGAGGAUCGUUCAGAAGACGGGAGAGCAGAAAGAAAAGAAACCGGCAGAUCUGAUGCGGGAGAGGAUCAUUAGAAGGGCCGCUUUGGAGUUUAAGGAUGGCAUGCAUGCUAACCUUGGAAUAGGUAUGCCGAUGCUGGCCAGUAACUUCAUUCCCAAAAAUGUGAAAGUGCUGCUGCAAUCCGAAAAUGGUAUACUUGGCCUAGGACCUGUUCCAACCGAGGACCAAGUGGAUGCAGACCUCAUCAAUGCUGGAAAGGAAACUGUCACCAUACUACCAGGUGCAUCGUUCUUCUCGUCCGACGACAGUUUCGCAAUGAUUCGCGGCGGCCACAUCGACCUCACCGUGUUGGGAGCCAUGCAAGUCUCGCGAUAUGGCGACUUGGCCAAUUGGAUGAUUCCUGGUAAAAUGGUAAAAGGAAUGGGCGGCGCCAUGGACCUGGUGUCGGCGCCGCGCACCAAGGUGGUGAUCACCAUGGAGCACGCCACCCGGGCCGGCGGACACCGCAUCCUGCCCGAGUGCGGACUGCCGCUCACCGGCAAGAACUGCGUUGAUAUGAUCAUCACUGAAAAGGCGGUUUUCAAUGUGGACAAGGAGAGAGGCCUGACACUAACAGAGCUGGCCGAAGGAGUGACGGUGGAAGACGUGAUUGUGGCCACAGGGUGCGAGUUCGAAGUCUCCAAGGACCUGAAGAAGAUGGGAGAUGUCUUGGAAACAGACUAAGUGACCCUACACACGAGCGCUUUGCCAACGCUCGUUAAAAAAGCGCUUGAAUCUGCCCGCAUGCUAAAUUCGAUUUAAAGACCGUGGCUUAAAGUUGGAAAUCCAACAACGCUUGAUAAAAAGCGCUACCGCCAUCGUGUGAAUAAAUACACAUGUUUCCAUUUGUGUCAUUCAAACGCUUUUUUAACGCGCGUUGAAAAAGCGCUCUUGAGGCCUUUGAUUUAAGAUAAGGUUUUUAUUUAAAUGGCCAGCAUGUUAAAAUUUACAUUAAUAAUGCAUGGUUUACACUACACACAGGAUUUACCUGUCACUUGUGCGAGAAAAUAGUUGGUCGCUAGUCUUUUUCUCGCCGCCGCGUACUUCUAAGCUAAGUACCUAAGUUUAAACUUAUUCUUAUGAAAUCAUACUCAAAAUCUGAGUGCCAAUGUUGAAUUUAAGUACCUUAACCUGUAAACAACUCACCAAGUAAGCAAAUGUAUAUUUUUGUUACAAUUUACAUUAUAUGUACCUACUUUAUACAUAAUAUAACUAAAAUAAUAAAUAAUAUUUUAAGUUUACACUGCCAAUUUGUUAAAUAAAAAAGUUAAGUUUGUGAUCAAUUUUAUUCUAAGCUCGAAUAUCAAAAUGCUUGGAAAUUAUAAUGUUACUUUAUUAUGA